AAUUCGUCGGGAGAAAGUGCCUUAUGCUUGAGCAGCGAUAAAUACAGAGACGCGGUGGUUUAUGUUUGGCCUAUUUGAUCAAACUUCGUCGGCAAUAAGCUCCAGGUCAAGCUCCUGUCGAAGAGUGAGAGAGAGAUGUCCUCCCAGGUGCGACUGAGGCUCCUGCCCAGUGCCAGGUGUUUGUUCGACGAGCCCGUCCAGGUGAAGGUGGCCGGGCUCAGGUCCAGGCAGGUGGUCACCAUGAAGGCCCGCUCCACCGACGAUAAGGGGGUGCUGUUCCACUCGGCGGCCACCUAUAGGGCUGACGGGAACGGGGAGCUCGACCUGCACAGAGACCCCUCGCUCAAGGGGAGCUACGUCGGCGUGGAGCCCAUGGGUCUGCUGUGGUCGCUGAGGGCGGACACCCUGCACACCAAGUUUCAUAAGAGCAACGCACAAAAUCCCCACUUUGUCCAGUUCACGGUGCACGAAGAGGAGGUGGGGGAGGGCAGGGUGCUGGCGGAGGCGACCAAUGAGAGGAUCCUGCUGGGAGACGGGGUCAGCCGGCAGCCCGUCAAGGAGGGGAAUAUCCGCGGAGUCUUGUUUACUCCUCCUGGAGGAGGCCCCUUCCCUGCCGUGUUGGACCUGUACACCUUUGGCGGUGGUUUGUCCGAGAGAAGGGCGUGUCUGCUGGCAAACCGAGGGUUUGUGGUUCUGACCGUUGCGCUGUACGGCCACGACGACCAGCCGAAGAGAAUCAAAGAUAUCCAUCUGGACUAUUUUGAGGAAGCAAUACAGUUUUUAAUGAAACAACCACAGGUGGGCAGUAAAGGAGUUGGGGUGAUAUCACUAUCAAAGAGCGGGGAUCUUGCACUUUCAGUUGCCACUUACCUGCCAAACGUUUUGGCGACGGUGUGGAUCAACGGCUGCAGUGCCAACGUGGUUUUCCCUCUCUACUACAAGAAAAACAAAAUCCACCCUCCCUUAAUGUUUGACCCUGGCAAGCUUGUUGUCACCGAGUCAGGGGCCAUCGACAGCAAAUACAUGAUGCACGAUCCCCUGGCCGAGGAGAACAAGGCCACCCUGAUCCCCGUCCAGCAAGCCAAGGGACGCUUCCUGUUUGUGGCAGCCGAGGACGACCACAACUGGGACAGCAAGGCGUACAUGGUGGAGAUGGUGGAGAGGCUGAGGCACCACAGGAGGGACAACUUUGACAGUGUGUGCUACCCCGGAGCGGGGCAUUACCUCGAGCCGCCCUACGGACCCUACUGCCCCUCCAGUUUUCACGGGGUCGCGGGAAAGCCGGCCCUGUGGGGGGGCGAGCCCAAGUCCCAUGCAGCAGCUGAGGUCCACCUCUGGAAGAAAGUCCAGGAUUUCUUCAGAACGCACCUGCCCUGUAAUGCUGCUGUGGCUAAACCCAAUUUAUAGAGGCAAAUGAAAGGAUGGGAGGGACGUAGAAAAACAAGUGCCAAUGCAUUGAGAGUUUAUAUCAAAUGGGAAAAAGCAGCGUAGUCAGCAUGCAUCAACCUCACCUCAAAAUCUGCUUCACUUCCGGCAGCAGUACUGUCACUGGAGGCGCACAGUGACAUAGUCUGGGCCGAGGAAGAACUACAGGCAAGUUCAGCUUGUGCAGAGGUGUGUGUGCGUUUUUUUUUUUGUGCUCUAGCUGUGAAACAAUCAGUGAUAAAUGUGUUUUUCCUUUGAUUCACUGUUGCGAUCCUGCAGUCACUGCUCCCUCUCCUCAGUCACUCUCUAGCUUGCUCUGUGCUCUCUCUCUCUCUCUGUCUGUCUGUCUGUCUCUCUCUCUCUCUCUCUCUCUCUCUCUCUCUCUGAUGUGGGUACAAUAAGAGUGCAUUGGUAGAGCAGCCGUGAAAAGAGACAAUUAAUUUAAUUAUUAGAUGUUCUGUGCCUUUAUUUGGAAUCAUGACCCAUCCAAUAUUUUGAUAUUAUGGACUAUCUCUUUGACGUUACCUUACAUUGUGGAGCGGAUGCCGACAGCUUGGGAUCAGGGUGUCACAACAAGCUGAGGCGGAACAAAUACACACACCAGCAAACUACAAAUCCAAAGUUUGGAAACACUAUGCAAUCUGCAAAAUGUGCCAUGCUGCUGUAAAGUACACAGGCAGCACAACGAGCCUUAUCACACACCUGAGACACACCCUUGAUUGUGAACCAGGUGUUAUAAAAGUUUACUGUCGGCUUGAAAAAAGACAGAGAACAUUUGUACAUGACUUGUGAAACAAGGCCCAUUCGCGAAAGGUCAUGAUUUUAUUUGGUUAAUAAAUAAUCAAACUCAUUGAACUGCAUAGCGUCAUUCCUUUGCAUUGUUAUAUCGCAUAGCAGUUUAAAAAAAGUGAAAGUAACAAUGCUGUCAUAACCACAGUUAAUUCCUAUAACGGUAUUUGUAGGCUGUGCCCUUUUCAAUAGUUGGGAUAUUGACUCAGUCAGGUUCAGACAGGCUAAUUAAUGUGAAUUAUUAUGGCUUGUUCAGCAGUGUCUCCAUAGUCGUCAGGAUGCAGAGUGGUGCAGGUUUUGUUUCCCUACAGGUCAUUUAUUGCAGUUUGGCUAAAACCAGCAGGGCUCUGGGUCUUGUGGUUUGUAGGAACCAUAAAUUCUACCUUUUCACAAAGUUUGUAAUGUUGAGAUGUGGAGACACUAAUGUGGAGAAUGUGUACAUUUAAUUCUCUGUUUAUUAUUGAGGUUGUAGUUUGCAGAGGUCUUGCACUGGACUGCAUUAUAUUGAGAGGUGUUUCUAAUUUUUUGUCCUCCCCU